GACUACCCAAGUUUGUCCUUUCCAAGUUCAUUACGACGGAAUUCUGACGGGAUUAACUAUCUUUUUUUUCCGGUAAUACGAAGGAGAAUGCAAACACUUUAGCUUCGUGUUUCUGCCAGGCUCUUUCGAGUUGGAGUGGACUUUUGAACUUCGUAGACCUGAGAUCUUGAGAUGUGAAGAAAGAGCCGAGUUCAACUAUUCUGUGUAUACUGGUAGUCCAAUCUCUGGCGCCAGAAGGACCUUUCCUUUCCAUCCACUUAGUGCAGUUAGUUUAGAUACCAGUCAUGUCCAGCUCCAGUGGGGGCAAAAGGACCCCGCCCGAUUCGGCAGAUGACGACAAAAAAUCGGGGAACAAAAACACGCCUCCAGAGUCUGAUUCUAAUAAGGCAAAGAAGCUUCCACAGGAGGGUGAAAAGAAAUCAGCCCCUGCGGGGAAGACUUCACCAGCUGCAGAAAAGAAUUCUCUUCCAGACGCCGCAGGAAAGAAGAAGAAAAUCUCCCAUGAUUUGGGUAAGAAAUCUCCCCAGGAUGAAAAGGGUUCCGAUCCUAGCGAUGCCAUGUCGACUGUGAGCUCCCAGUCUUCGACGGCGGCCGGAGCUUCGCGGCUCCUUGAGAUGUGCAAGAAAGGCGAAUGGGUGGCCCUUGAUCAGACAUUGAGGGGACUUGAGAAAGGGAGUGCAGAGCUUGUUGCGGAGGAGAACACGGUGACGCCGCUGAUGACCGCCGUGAAGGAGAACAAGUUGGUGAUCGUCGAACGUCUCCUUGACCUUGGUGUAAGCCUCAGUGACAAGACAAAGGAUGGACGUACCGUUAUGCAUUUUGCUGCUCUCUAUGCCAAAGAUGAUAUCAUGAAGUUGCUCAUUAAUAGGAAAGCUGACGCUCUAAUAGUUGGUGGGUCGAAGGAUCAAACACCGCUCCAUAUAGCUGCAGCCCGAUCAAGUGGGGCGGUUAACUUAGUUCAGAUGUUGCUCAAGGUCUCGGGGAAGGAUGGAAGGCUCACGAAGGAUAAGGAUGGUUCAAUUCCUCUGUUUCUUGCUACCGAUGCCGGCAAUCUUGCCGUUUGUAAAGAACUGCUCUUGACACAUAUCGAACCGCAGAUAAAGGCACAGAGACAGACAACCGGUGAUUCAGUAUUACACCUGGCCUGUAGGAGGCGUGAUGUUGACCUUGCCAGAUUAUUCAUAGAGAAUGGUGCUGAUGUGGACAUACAAAAUUUGGAUGGGCAGAGUCCACUGCACAUAGCGGCCUGGGAGGGAGAUGAGACCCUCAUUAAGUAUCUCUAUCAAGUCAAGGCAAACCCUAACAUCUCAGACAAGUAUGAUCGUAACCCCCUCCACAUCGCUGCAGAGAGAGGCCACACAAGCAUUGUGGAUAUUCUAGUGGAUAAAUUCCGUGCCAAUGUUUUGGCGAGGACUAAAGAUGGGAGCACGUUGAUGCACAUCGCCUCCCAGUAUGGUCAUCCAGAUACGGCCCUGACAUUCUUGAGGAGAGGGGUACCACUACAUAUGCCAAAUAAGGCUGGUGCUGUUUGCCUCCAUGCUGCCGCCAAACGAGGGCACACUGCCGUUGUCAAGGCACUGCUACAGAAAGGAGCCGCUGUUGAUUCUCUUACUAAGGAUAAUUACACAGCGCUGCACAUCGCAGUGCAGCAUUGUAAACCACAGGUGGUACAGAUGUUGCUUGGAUUUGGAGCAAGGGUUGAGAGUAAGGGAGGAAAGGCCAAGGAGACUCCACUUCAUAUCGCAUCCAGGGUGAAGGAGGGUGAGAAAUGUGCUGAUAUGUUGUUGAAGAGUGGUGCAGAUGUGAAUGCAGUCCAAGAGAAUGGCGAGACUGCAAUGCAUAUCGCGGCCAGGCAUGGUCAGCUCAAGAUGGUGCAGGCUCUACUUGCAGAGGCCGCUGACCCCACUUGGCAAUCAAAGGCUGGUGAGACCCCCCUCCACAUAGCAGUCCGAUUCUGCCAUGGUGACGUGGCUGAUGAGAUCCUCCAGUACGUUGCUCAAAACAAAUCAAGAACGGAUGCAGUGCUUCUUGUCAACCAACAGAAUUUGGAAGGAGAGACACCCGUCCACUACGCAGCUGAGCUGACCAAAAGUGUUUCACAUCAUGAGUUUGAGGACACAGACACCAUCAGGGUCUUACUGGAGUAUUCUGGGGACACCAACAUUCAGUCGAAAUAUACUCAAGAAACACCCCUCCAUUAUUGCGCAAGAGCCGGCAAUGAAGACGUCCUACUAGAAAUAGUUACACACAUUGGCUCAGGUACUGUGCAGUCUGCGGUCAACAACCAGGCCAAGAACGGCUGGUCCCCACUACUGGUGGCAAGUGAGCAGGGUCAUCUAGAGAUUGUGAAGAUUCUUCUCCAGAAUCACGCAAGGGUGGACGUAUUUGAUGAGCAUGGCAAAGCUGCCCUUCAUCUGGCAGCGGAGAGUGGCCAUGAUCAGGUCGCUGACGUCCUCCUCUGGCACAAGGCGUUCGUCAACGCCAAGUCUAAGUUAGGCUUGACGCCACUUCAUCUUGCUGCGCAGAAUGGCUUCAACAAGUUGGUCAAGUUACUCAUAGAGACACACAAUGCAUCCAUCGAUGCCCUCUCGUUGGCUAAGAAGACGCCCCUGCACAUGGCUGCGCAAAAUGGGCAGAUUGAGGUAUGCAGCACCCUGCUGAAGAUGAAGGCUGAUGCAAAUGCAACGGAUGUGCACGGUCAGACACCACUCCAUCUGGCGGCGGAAAACGAUCACUCAGAUGUCGUCAAGAUGUUCCUCAAGUACAAACCAGAAUUGGUCACAAUGGCUAAUACGAAUGGUAUGACGUGCGCCCACAUUGCUGCAUCCAAGGGAAGCGUUGCUGUCAUCAAAGAACUCAUGAGAUUCAAUAAAGUGAUCGUCACAACCGCAAGAAACAGGACAAAUGAUUCCUUGCCUCUCCACCUGGCGGCAGCAGGAGGACACAAGGAAGUUGUCAACGUGUUACUGGAUGCUGGAUCUUCGCCAACCGAUGAGAAUGCUGAUGGGAUGACUGCCAUUCACCUUGCGGCCAAGCACGGACAUGUGAAGGUCCUGGAUGCACUCAAUCGUCACAUCUCGUGGAAAAUCACCAGCAAAAAGACUGGUUUGACUGCCCUCCACGUGGCGGCACACUUUGGACAGAUUGACUUUGUGCGGGAGAUGUUGACCAAGAUGCCAGCGACGGUCAAGUCGGAGCAGCCACACACGGGGGAGGGGCUGAAGGACUUGACUGCUGAGUAUGGCCUGACCCCCCUCCAUCUCGCUUCCCAAUCUGGACAUGAAAACCUUGUCCGUCUGCUCCUAAACUCAACAGGUGUGCACGUAGAUGUGCCAACCAGUCUACAGGGAGCAAUACCACUCCACCUAGCAGCCCAAAGUGGUCAUGCAGUUGUUGUGAGUCUCUUACUCAGCAAAUCAACCGCACAGCUUCAUGUCAAGGAUAAAAGAGGGCGCACUGCGCUUCAUUUGGCGGCAGCUAACGGUCAUAUGGAUAUGGUAGCUCUUCUGCUUGGACAAGGCGCUGAUAUCAACUCUUGUGACAAGAAUGGUUGGACGUCUCUUCACUUCUCCGCCAAGGCCGGCUACCUCGAGGUUGUCAAACUCCUCUGCGAGAGCGGUGCAUCACCCAAGUUUGAGACGAAGGACGGGAAGGUUGCGUUGUGUCACGCCGCCAUUGCUAACCACACGCACGUUGUCAGUUAUCUCAUCGGCAAAGAUCACAAUACGCAACACUUGAUGGAUGAUCAGAAGUUUGUGUUUGACCUGAUGAUCUGUGGCAAGAUGAACAACAACAAGUCAAUUCAGGAGUUCAUCCUCCUCUCGCCGGCUCCUGUUGACACGGCCGCCAAGCUCUCGAACAACUUCCAUUCGCUAGCCGAGCGAGAGAAGGAGCGCGCCAAAGAUCUUACCGCGGCAGGUCUAUACUGCGAGGUGAUGGCAACAGAAUUGACAGCCAUCGCUGCGAGCGUUGGGUCAAAUAGCUGCGGAUUACUGUUGAAGUCGGUCGACUGCAGAGGAAUUCAAUUCCUAGACGUACUCAUUGAGAAUGAACAGAAAGAGGUGGUUGCUCACCCAUUGGUGCAGAAGUAUCUCUCGGACGUUUGGGUGGGCAGUCUGCGAUGGGCAACAUGGAAGAUGAUCUUGUUAUUUCUAGUUUUUCUCAUCUGUCCUCCAGUAUGGAUUGCAUUUUCGUUGCCGAUCAAGCAGAAAUAUAACAAAGUGCCGAUCGUGAAGUUCAUGUCGUACCUGGUUUCGCAUAUUUAUAUCAUUAUACUGUAUGUUAUAACUGUUGUCACGCCGAUAGUUCCAAUAUGGGAGUCAGGAUCCAUGAUGCCACACUGGUAUGAGUGGUUAUUGUUGCUAUGGUUAUCAGGAUUACUUGUGUCGGAACUAACGAAUCCCGGGGAUCGUGCCGGACUAGGUUGGAUCAAAGUAAUAGUGAUUGCGGUCAGCUCUCUUGGAAUAUUCGUGCAUGUCGUAGGAAUAGGGAUAUCUUCGGAACGAAGCCGUUUCGAAGCUCUGUACGUCAGGAAUCAGCUGUUUGCGAUGUCGUUGCUUUUCAGUUGCGUCUUGAUAUUGGACUACCUGUCCUUUCAUCAUCUCUUCGGGCCAUGGGCCAUCAUCAUCCGCGACCUCAUGAAAGAUCUAACCCGAUUCAUUGUGAUUCUGUUCAUAUUCAUGGCAGGUUUUACAUUCAAUCUAGCCGCACUUUAUCAACCGACGUAUCCACCAGUUCCGGAAAACGCUUCCCUUGGUAGCGGCGAUGGCUCAGGAGGGGCUAAGCCCUUGGACCCAGUUGACACAUUCGAAUUACUAUUCUUCUCAUUGUUUGGCUUAGUCGAGCCAGAGAACUUGCCGCCUUUGAAUCGGAAUCCAGCAUGGACGAUUUAUCUUGUGAAAAGCAUUUUCGGGAUCUACAUGAUUGUGACCUUAAUCGUACUUAUUAACCUCCUGAUUGCUAUGAUGUCCGAUACUUACCAACGCAUCCAAGCCCAGUCGGACACAGAGUGGAAGUUUGGCCGCGCGAAGUUGAUUCGUAACAUGAAUCGUACUUCAGCUACCCCCUCCCCUCUCAUCAUCUUCACCAAGUUGAUAUCGUACUGCAAAGCAGCAUAUAGGAGCAAAGGCAAGUUCUGCACAGGACAGGCCACUCCGGAGCAAAUGAAUGACGAUGACGAUUGGGAUGCUUUCUCAGACUCGAGAUCUGUUGACAUGCUUGCCCAGACAUCCGUCCAUUGGCUGAGGAAUGUCGUGAGGAGGAAUACCCAAGUGGCUCCAGAAGGUGGAUUCCUACGAACCAAUCACCACCCCGGACCGCAGCGAAUCGAAGACGUCGUGGACUGGGAGAGCGUCGUAGCAAAGUACCUGGCGAUGCAGGGUCUGAGUGAGCCAGAGUCGUUUCACAGUCGGAGGGAGACAAACGUUCACGACGACGCGGAGAAGUCGAAACAAACACCAAAAUUGUUGCCACUGAAAGAGAAAUCGUACAAGGAGAAUGGGAUUCCAUUAUGACAGACGAUGCCUUGACUUCUAAUACCUGUAGAACUGUUGUACUUGGUGUUGUGUAAUUGUUGUCUGGAAGGUUACUGUUUUGCCAGUUAUCAAAUAUUUAAUGAAUUUUUACAUUUACUAGUAUUAUAAUGAUAUUAUCUGUGACAUUUAUGCAAUUUGAUUAAUUGUGGUUUUUGAUGGUCAUUGUUUGGCCAUCUCAGACAUGAUGAGAGAAUACAUGUAGUUGCAGUGCAUGAUUUGGUCUCCUGUGAUUAAUUGUGAUUUUUGAUGGUCAUUGUUUGGUCAUCUCAGACAUGAUGAGAGAAUACAUGUAGUUGCAGUGCAUGAUUUGGUCUCCUGAUCUACGUCUCAUGUUGUUAAAGGGGGACUAUGAGUAGGUUACAUGUACAUCCCUUGACAAAACCCUCGCACCCUAGCGAUGGCCAGCGCCACUUAGCGAGAUGCGGUCUCCUUUUAAUGUUGCUAAGUCUUGCCUGGAUUGCAGUCCUGUGUAAUUGAUGAAACUGCACUUGAUAUUUGGAAUGUACGCAGAGACUUGUUUACAGUACAUAUGAUGUGAUAAUGUAAAAAACAUUACUGAUGUUGUUCUGUGAAUCCGUUUAUACAUAGACACUUCAUCUCUUAGUAGACUAUUACUAAUGUAACAACAAAUCGAAAUUGAAUUCAAAUUGUUUAUAAUACUCUUCUGUGAUAAUCUUAUAAGAUAGUAAUGUAAACAGGUGUAAAUAGUA